AUGUAUCACAACACUGGUUAUGGGAGAUCGGACUCGGAGGACAUGAUGCGCAGAACUGAUCACGACUACGGUGACCUUCCGAGUCAACCUGAGGACACGUACUACUCACUCCCCGAGAUUCCUGAACAAGCUCAGGGCGGUCAUCACCCAUUAUCCAGCUCUGAUCUCAGCGGGCCAGCCGCCCAGUCCACCCUUUCCGACGCACAGUAUCAUCGCGCCCUAAUGCAACUCAAUCGGUCUCUAGGCUAUCCCCAAAGUAUUCCCGCGCCUCAGGCGUCUCUACCAUCAGCCGCACCAUCUUAUUUUUCACAUUCAACGGCGCCGACCGGCGAUGAUAUUCACCUUUCUCAAUCAUCCAUGGGCACAUCCCACAUCCCACAUCCCACGUCCUCUGAUCCGAGUCCUUUACAUUCAAUGUACACGCCUCAAGCAAUUCUCGCGAAUGCUGCGGCGCAGACGCACCUACUUAACGAUUAUGACGGUAGUCUGCCUCUACCUAUCAUGGUCCCGUCUCAGGGUACUAUCCGUCCGAGUGAUUUGGCAUUGCCGCCAGCCAUUGCCGAUUAUCGGCGCAGUUUUCCUCCACCACUCAUAUCCCUGGACGGUGUUUCUACAUUACCGCCAGCAGCACCAGAUGAUGUGCAGCCCCUCGCGCGGACGCCUGCCCCCAGGCCUCUAAAACGCAAGAGUUCAUUCUCGUGGCAAUUUAUCCCAUGUUCGGGUCAGCGGCAGAAAAUGGCCCCCCUAUCAGUGCCUGCUACGAUGGCCUCCGACCCGAUCCCCACUGGGUCUACGCAACCACAUAUCGAACUUCCCCCCUUGAAAUACCAAGCGAAUCACCCAACUCACGACGACUUUGUUCUGGCUGCACAGAAGCUCAUUAUCAGGGACGCGGUCAACAAUUGCGCCAUGAUAAAACCCUCAGCGAGGGAGGGGGUGAUUCAGGCCACGUUAGCAGAUGCAGUAAAGGAUCACUUAACAAAGGCUCACGGUAUACGAUCCGACUCGGCUGAUUCGGUGAAAAAAACAGUUCAAGAUUUUAGUCAACGUUGGGCGGCGGAAAAUACAGGAUCGUUGUACAUGACUCUCUCCGCGCCAUUCAAACUCAUAAUGGCGGUUUCUAAGGAGAUAGCGCUCAACGUCGUUGAUCGAGGCUACGAUCUACGUCCCUCACUUUGGUCAGAUACGUCGGAAUCAAAAUGGAAACAAACCAAGAUCAACGACCUCGUCAACGACGUAACGUGGCCUCUGAAAUUUAUUUUCAAGAGGGAUGAAAAGACUAACCAAUGGAUGGCGUUCGAACACGACGCGAUUUUAGACGUGGUUAUCGGUGUAGUGAGGAAACUCAAAUACCAGCACUACGUCAACAACCUCGACAAUCUCUAUUGCACGGCUGUGGCUGCAAUCUACUGCGUUUUCAAGCAGUAUUCUUCCGGAAAAUUACAAGAGAUGGAGUUUACGGCCCAAGCUUUCAAAUUCAUGUACGACAUGUCGAAGAAACACAUCACUGAUGUCAUCGAGAAGGAUGAGGAUUUGGCGAAGCGAUGGUUGGAUGUGAAGGCCCUCACCAUUGUCAGAUUGGCUGAUGUCGCAUCAUGA